UUGACGAAUUAAAUUCGUGGUUCUUUUUCGCAUAGGUAUGCUGUUCCUAGCAACAUUUAUCCACAAUGGAGUUUUGAAUCAACAUCUUAUUGGUUGAACAGUAUAUUUUGAUCGAGUGCAGUAAAAAUGCCCCUUGGGCCAUUUGGAGAGGUGGUGGGGACCACCAACACCCUAGAGGCUCUUGGUCCAGAUGCUGCCAAUUAUAAAAGUAAAGUGAUUGCUCCAAGAAAUCCAAAACUGCUGAAAGGAGAUGAAGAAGAAAACAAGAUGACACCUAGUCAGUUCAUGUUUGACAUGCAGAUGGACACAGAGCAAAAGUUGGCUAAUACACAUACCAUGAAAAUACCAAGGAAAGUUGAACUACUUGACAUGGCUGACACAAGUCUUCAAAAGAAAGAUGGUAAUGUUUCUAAGCCAACGUUUUCACAAGUGAAUAUUGAUGAACCAAUGUUCCAACCAUAUCCAUCAGAAGUAACAUUCCAGAAUUUUGAGCCAUAUCAAGUAUAUGAAGUGCCUUUGAUCCUUAGAAACAAUGACAAGGUACCUAGAUUAGUAAAGGUUACACAAGCAGAUUCCCCAUACUUCAAAGUAAUCAGUCCACAUGAUGUUGGACAUAAAGUAGGACCUGGACUACCAACAACAUUCAGAAUACAGUUUAAACCAGAAGAAAAGAAGGAUUACAACCAUGAGCUAGUAUGUAUAACAGAAAGAGAGAAGUUUGUGGUACCAGUCAGAGCUAUUGGAUCCAGAGCUGUCUUAGAUUUCACAGACAACAUCCAUUUCCCACCUGGACCCGUUAAAUAUGCACACUCUAGGACAUACCUAGUGAGAAAUAUAGGCAACAUGGAAGCCAAGUUUACACUGUCUACUGAAAAACCCUUCUCAGUGACACCAGAAAUAGGAACAUUACCUGUACAAGAAAGCAUGCAAGUAACAGUAGAAUAUAAUCCACAGAAGACAGGGGACCACAACUCUGAACUGGUUGUGAGCUAUGAUACAGGAGAAAAUGUGUAUAUUAGUCUUUAUGGUGCUGCACAGAAUUCUAGUGUAAGACUAGACAAAAACACAAUCAAAAUGGAGAACACAUACAUUUCAAUGGCCAAUCAGAGAACUGUUACCAUACACAAUAGGUCAGAUGUCAUAUGUCACUUCAGGUGGACAAAAUAUAAUACACAGGAACAAGAGGAUGAAGAGAAGGCUUUAGCCAUAAGUGCAGUUCAGAGAGAUGAGAAUAAUGACAAGAAAAGUUUCUGGGAGGAGGUGAUGAAAGAUCCUACAUUACAAGACAAAGUAUCUAUUCUCACUCGAACAUUCCACAAUAAAAAAAUGGUUAUUGAUAAAGACUCAAUGUUGUUUGAUGACCAAGAACUAAAAAUAGAACCUGUGGAGGGUGAUAUUUGGCCAAACACAUCAUUUGACAUCAAUGUCAUUUUCAAACCAAGAGAAGCCAGGAGUUAUAUUCUAUCAGCUUUCUGUGACGUUACUGGACGCGAGACAUUUUUACCGCUGAGAGUAAAAGGAGAGGGUGUUGGACCAAGUGUGAAAUUCUCCUUUGACACAUUAGACUUGGGAAAUAUUUUCAUUGGCUCUAAACAUACUUAUGAGAUUAUUCUAGCCAAUCAUGGUGACAUUGAUGCUAUUUAUAGUGUUCUACCGAAACAUACAAUAUUUGGACCUUGUUUCACUUUUGAUCCUUCAGAAGGAAUAGUUAUGCCAGGAGGUCAUCAGGCUAUCGCUAUUAACUUUACUAGUCCAUAUCUUGGUGAUUUUGAGGAAACAUUUAGUUUUCAAGUUGAUGGACAACCUGAUCAAAUCCAAGUCAAAUUUUGUGGUACAGUGAUAGGUCCAACAUUCCAGUUUGAUGUCCCUCGUCUCAAAUUUGGAACUAUAUCUUAUGGUUUCUUAAACACACAGUCCUGUACCUUAAUGAACACAUCAUUGGUUUCUAUGAAAUUUACACUACGGGUACCAGGGGAUGGCAUCGCAGAGAGCAUCUGUGGGACAAGUGAUUUAGAUAGCAACAGAUCCCAAAUGGGAUCUCCCAUCCCUAUUGCAACCAGAGCCGGACCACCAAAGGAAUUUGAAAUACUGCCAGAAUCUGGGAUACUUCAGCCUCAAAGUGAAGUCAGGAUCACAGUUAACUUUAUCUCAAACACAAUCAAGAAAUAUGAAAUGAACUUAGUUGUUGAUGUUGAAAAUGUUGGAGAGGAAAUUCUAUCACUGCCAAUUUAUGCAAAGUGUGUUGUCCCACCAAUAACAGUAUUGAGUCCAAUACUAGACUAUGGAAGAUGUUUCCUAAGACAUCCAUAUGAACAUUCUGUUAAGCUCCAUAAUGACACAGAUUUACCAGCAAAAUAUGAACUUUUAACCCAGUCUGUGAAUGAAGAUACUCCUAUUACAUACACCAGUCCUAAGAUGAAGGGUAUAGUAGAACCCCAUUCCCUGACUGAAGUACCUAUGAUAAUCCAAUCCCAGAUGUUAGAUGAACAGGAUAUUAUAGGACAGUUUGCAAUAUUUGGUAGUCCUGAUCCACCACUGCCUGUACAUAUAGCUUGCAUUGGUGAAGGACCGGUAGUACAUAUCUCACCACAGGAUAUAGACUGGGGAAUCAUUCCUGUUCUCUCAGACAGACCUAUGAAAGUUGUUUUAUCUAAUGAAUCACUCAUUCCUGCCAAGUUUACAGCACAUAUGGUCAGACCAAAAUCUGCUUUCCGUGUUGAACCUCAAGAAGGUGAAAUUGGACCAGAGAAAAGAUUGGAGAUUACAGUCACUGCUAACUUGGAUGAUUCUGUCAGAUUCCAAGAUAAACUACAAAUAAAUUUCAUUGAGAGCCAAGUACGACAAAUACCUUUGGUUGGUUAUGGACAAGGAACAACUAUUGUAUCAGAACCAAAACUGACAUCAACAUUUGACUUAGGACCAAACUUCAGUAACAGACCAUUGAAGAAGACCAUCAUGUUGACAAACAAAGGGAGACGACACCAACAAUUAGUUUGGAGCACAGAUGGAUUUCCUUCUCUUGGCAAGGGCAAGAAAGCUCUAGCAGAAUACAAACCCCUCGACAUGAAAUUCAGGAAUGUACCACCACCUCAAGAACCACCCAGACCAGUAUUUAAAAUCAAUCCUAAUAGAUUUGAUCUCCCACCAGGAACCUCUAUGGAAAUGAACAUUGAAGGCUUUGUAGAAAGUCCCAAGUAUAUUAAAGAGAGACUACUCUGUCAUGCCAUCAUAGGAAGACAAGGAGGAAAGGAACUGAUCAUGAGAGUAGACCUAUCAGCUGACUUCAUCAGCCCUCUCUUAGAAUUCUCUACAAAGUCUGUCUACUUCAGGGUUGACAAGAAACCAGAUGACGAGUUAUCCUUACAGACCAGAGAACUGAAGAUCAUGAAUGUAUCAACAUUACCACUUACAACUGGUCUUAAGUUAAAAUACCCCUUCCAGAUUAUACAAGAUGACGGGUCAGAAACUUCUGAAAUGGAAGUACACUUGGAUGUUGGGAAGGAUUACAUGUUAAGGAUACAGUUUGACCCUGCCUAUAAAGAUGAUCUACAUAUCAGAACUAUUGAUGAAAUUUUACAUGUAACAUAUAAAGAACAUCCUCACAUUGAUUAUAUUGCACUUAGAGGAGAAGUCUACUUUCCCAAUAUUGACUUUGAGAAGAGUGUAGUAGACUUUGGCUGUAUUUUGAAUGACACUGAAGUAACAAGAUACAUAAAUAUUACCAACAAUAGUCCAAUGGAGGUCCAUUACAAAUGGUCCUUUUUGGUGGGCGACCAGCCUCUAACAGAGAUCAGAGCACCUGCCAAACCUGCCUUGGAGGAGAUUAAAGAGGAAGAGGAAGCAGGAGGGGAUGGUGACGCCAAGAUUGAGGUUUUGGUCUCACAGCCGACUGAAGAGCAAAUUAAUGUUGAUGAAAAGUCAGAAGUAGAAUCGACAAAGGAGGAAGAUAUUCCAAAAGAAACAGAGGAACCAGUCCAAGGUGAACAGGAAAUCAUUAAAGAACCAGAAACCCAAGAUAACAUUAGUGAUAACAGAAUGGCCCCAGAUAGUCCUAGAGGUAGUCCAACUGGUGAUAGUCCCAGAGAUGAUGAGGACCAGUUAGAAAAGGGUCAAUUGGAAUCUCAAGAGGCUCCAGAAGGAGGACUUGACAAAAAUAAAACUGAAGAUACAAUGUUAAGUUUAGCCUCUUUGAGGGACAUUGUUUAUGAAGAAGAUCCAUUGAAGACAAACAGAGCUUUAAGUCAGCUGCUUGAAGAUACUGACACAGCUGAAGAAAUUGGAAUUGAAGAGGUAUUUGACAUUUUGCCACUAUAUGGAUACUUACAACCAGGUGAUACAGAACAAGUAACCAUGACCUUUUAUGGACAUGCAAAUAUCUGGGGUCAGGUGAAGGCCAUUUGUGAAAUUAAAGGAGGCCCAACCUAUGAAAUCAUGCUGACAGGAGAGGCUUCUCUGGUUGAUUACAAGUUUGAUUGUAAAGAGAUUGACUUUGGUAAACAGAUGUACGACCAUGUGGCAUCAGCAGAAAUUAAACUUAUAAAUACAGGAAAAGUUGGUUUUGAUUUCUGUGGCAUUGGUAUGGAUCCUGCUCUAGCCAAGAAACCCAAGCCAGGAUCACCUAUCAUGGUACCACAUGCUGGUUACAUUGAACCAAUGAGUGAGCAGACUUUGGUUGUUAAAUACUUACCUGGUGCACCAGAGGACUUUAAGAAAAGUUUUGUCAUCCAAGUUGCUCACUUUGAACCAGAUGUGAUCACUAUUAGUGGUACAGGAGUAUUUCCCAGGAUAUCACUUGAUCUGCCUCGUACUGUAGACUCAGAAGGACACUAUGACCAAUUGGUACAAAGUGCCAAAGAUAACCUUACCAAGAGUGGGAAGAUCAAACUGACAGAGAGGGCACACACACCAGUUCUUCCUUCCUCCAAUAGAUUACAGCCAGAAAUUAUGGCUCAGGGAGACAUCAUUGCUCAGCCACAUGAGAUAGAUAUACAAAUGGAAGUUGAGAACCUAACUGUCAAAGAAUUCUCCCAUGAGCUUUCUCAACAUACAUCCCGACCAGAUCUGUAUGAUCCAGCACCUCCAGAUAGUAAUGAAAGUAGGGACACACAGACUGAACAUAAACCAAAGAAGAAGAAACAAAAACCAAGGCUACCAGAGUAUGUUUUGGACUUUGGAUAUGUAGUUCUAGGAACAGUAAAGGACCAUAUUGUGAAAGCCUCUAACACUGGAUGGUCUCCAGUCUCAUUCCAAGUAGAACAUGAUGACAUUCAUCACUAUGGUUUCCAUGUGGAGUUAGAUAAAGUAAAGAAUCUACCAGGAGCACCUGACCAUGAGACAGUUGUAUUCAAUGUCAACUUUGACCCACGUGGUGCUAACUUGUCACUAGGUUCUGUAGAAACUGUUGUCAAUAUAAAUAUUAUCAAUGGCCCGAUCAUUCCAAUCAGACUAAAGGCCAAUGUUACCAUGCCAGAUAUGGAGAUUUCUGAAGAUACAUUGGACUUCUCGGAUGUAAACUGUGGUGAAUGUAAAGUCAUUACUGUACAGCUAUACAACAGUCAACAUGUCAAAUGUGAAUGGAACUCUAAUCCUACAGAGAAAGACAGAAAGGCUGACAAACAUGUCCCAAUGCACUUAAGGCGGAAGAUGAGGAACGAGAAACAGAAACCCAGACAUUUUGAGAUAAUGCCACCUACUGGUGUACUGAUGCCAGGUCAAAGGCUAAAUGUACAAGUUAAAUUCAUGCCUACUGAAGAGAAAUUCUAUGAACAAAGAAUACCUAUAAGAAUUGCUCAGAGUAGUCAGAGAAUUCUGUUAUUGUGUAGAGGUCAAGGACUUGAGCCAAGGUUAGAGUUUGAGAAAAGUCUGGUAGAAUUUGGACCUAUUCUACCCCACAGUGUUGGAGAUGAACAAGAAAUCACAAUAAAGAAUCCUUGCUCCUAUCCAAUUGAAUUCUAUAACUUGGAGUUUGAUUCACAGUAUUUAGAGGAAGAAAAGGUUUUGAGGUUAAUGAAAGGUUAUGAUGAAUACAACACCAUAUUACUUCCUCCAAGAAGUUCAGGAGAUAGACUUCCACAUGAACUUUUAGAUUAUUAUGAUGAACAAAUGAAGAAGCUUGAGGAGUCAGAACGUGCCAGAAAAGAGGCUCUAGAGGCUGCUGAAGCUGCUCGUAAGGAACUGGAUGAUGCACUUUCAGUGAAACGUAAAGGAGAGGGUAGUGAAGGGGAUGAUAAGGAUGAUUCUGAUGAGAGAACAGAAGCUGCUCUUGGUACAUCACGUCUGGGGUCAGAACCAGCAGGAGAUCUUUUAGACUCAGCCAGAAAAGAAGAAAGUGAUGAAGCACAAGACUCCGCUAGCAGUAUAGGUGUAGGAGAACUAGAGAUAACACCAGUAUCUGCUGCCAUUGCUAGACAUCUGGGUAUUGAUCUGAGUCCUGAGGGGAAGGCAGCUCGUAACAGAAGGGGUAUUUGUGUCAUUGUACAUGGAGCUCCUAUGUCAGGAAAAACUAGUACAGCUAUUUCACUGGCUAAGAAAUAUGAAGCUGCCAUUUUAACAGUAGACCAGAUAGUUGUUGAUGCUAUAUCCAGUGGUAAUACACCAUCUGGUAUGAAGGCUAGGGCUCUCUGCCAGGAGGCAGCCAGAAAGAGGCUUGAGGAGCUUAAACUAUUGGAAGGAGACGAAGCUGAAAAGAAACCAGGUGGUCUUAGUAUUGAACAACUAACAGCUCACACACAGGGAACAACCAGUAGCAUUGGAGUCCCACAGGCUACCUCUGUCAUUUCCAAUCGUAAAACAAGUACUGUUUCAGACGUGAAAGGAAAAGAUAAACACCACCAGGGAAGCUUAGCUGGAGCAAAGACUGGUAUCAACACAUCUUCCAUUGAUGGAGCAACUGGUAGUCAGGUACCUAGUAGCCCUCCCCCUCUUGCUGCCCCUAUUGCUCGAAGAUUAAGUGUCAGUGCCAGUGUUGCUGGAGAGGAAGGCCUGAUGAGCUGUGUCCUCCCAGAGGAUCUGUUAGUAGAGAUACUAUCUGAACGACUCCAGCUCAAUGACUGUCACCGUGGAGUAGUAUUUGAUGGACUUGAGACAUUAUUUGCCCAGAAUCUAUAUACCACAGCUCAUGCUAUUCUGAGAUCCCUGAACAAUAGAAGAUUCAUUUACUUUAUUUCACUGAAAUUGGAUUAUGCCAAAUUAAAAGAACAAGAGAAAAAAUCUCAGGAGGAAAAAGAGAGGAAUGAACGUCUGAAGGAGGAGCAGGAUCGUAUUCGUCUUGAGGAAAUGUCAGAAGAUGAAUAUGAUGCUCUCUCUGAAGAAGAAAAAGCUGCUGUGGACAGGAAGAGAUUAGAUAUAAAGAAAGAAAGGAUAAGAAAAGAGAUGGAAGAAAGAAUGGAAAGAGAACGUAUAGAAAGAGAAAGAGAAGAGGAAAUCAAAAGAAUUCAGGAUGAGGAAAAAUCUAAGAAAAAAGGAAGAAAGGGUCCAGCCAAGGAAGAAGGUAAACAAGAUGGAAAGAAAAGUGCAGCUCCCACGGGUCCAGCUGGAAAGAACAGUAGUAUGGACCGUGUCACCAAGGGUAAAGGUGGUAAAGACGAUGACCACCACGCUGGUAAACAGGCAUCACAAAUAGAAAGGCCAGAAUCACACCAAACAGAGAAGAGUGACUCUAAUGUUGAUGAUGGAAAGAAAGGAAAAAAGAAGGAUGGUAAGAAAGAUGGAAAAGAAAAGGGAGACAAAGAGAAAGUUGAUGUUUCAGCAGAAGAACAACCAAAAGAAGUACCAAAGGAGUCUGACAUACUUCUAAUGCAGAGAUUCCGUACAUUUGAACAUGGUCAAAAGGAUAUCAAUGAGAUGCUUGAAUUCUGGGAUAGAACAACCUUGUCACUAAGGAGACCACCAACUCCAUCAGAAAAAUCUGAGGAAGAUCAACAACAUCAUCCACAGUCUGGAAAAUCUAAGGGAAAGAAAGGUGAAAAGCAUGAUAAAGAAAAAGCAGAAAAAGAAAGACAAAAACAGUUACAGAAAGAAAAUGAAGAGAAGGCAGCAAAAGAGGCUGCUGCAGCACAAGGUGAAGGUCAAGAACAGGAAAUGGUUGUGGAAGAGAAAGAGGAUGAUGGGAUAGGUCUGCCACAUAUUGUUGUUGACUGUUCAGACAAAUCUACACCUGUCUACCAAAAAGUUAUUGGAUGUGGCAAAUUCCCAAGUAUGGAAGAGGUAUUAGACGGUCUAGGUAUGGGACCAAGGGGACCACCUGUACCCCCACCAGCUGAUUUCAGUGUAAUCCCAUAUCCAGUGAAGAGGAAAGCCCCUCCUGUUAGUGAAUUUGGUGGGAGAUACAUAUUCAUUGCCUCAUCUGCUGAUGAUCCAAAUGUUGGUGUACCUGAGAGCAGUGGUACAGAACCUGAGGAAGAGAAAUCUGUAACCCCAGACAAGGGUAAAGAGGAUCACACCACACCCACUAAGGGUAAGGCUGCUAAGGACAAAUCUGGAGGGAAAGAUACAGCUAAAGGAGAAAGGAAGAAAAGUGCAGAGAGAAAAUCAACAUCAAAGACAGAAAAAAGACGUCCAUCAGUAAAUGUUCAAUCUCCACCACCAGGGGCAGUAACUCCUGUCUCUGAUGGCGACAAUAUCAGUAUGUCAGGGGAUGGGAUGGCUGUUGGAGAUUCCAAAACUCCCAAACUUACCAUAUUCCGCUGGAUUGUACCUGCUAAUGGAGAAGUUGUGGUACGUCUACGUUUCCAGUCAGAAGAACUUGGUCAGUUUGAUCAGACCCUAAACUUUGAGAUUGUUGGCACACGUCGUAGAUACCAGUUAUUCUGUAGAGGAGUGUGUGCAUUCCCAUCUAUUAGUAGAGAGCCAAGAAUUGUUUUCCCAAGCCGUAAGAAGACCAAGAAGACAAAUGAAAUUUGCCAUAAGAAAUACAUCUUAUCAACAGAAACAUUUGAAUUUGGACCCCUUCUGAACUCUAGACCUAGAACUGGAUACAAAGAAGGCAAGCAUCCAGCAUAUCAGGAACAAUUAAAUGUAACAAAUACAUCCCCACUGGAGGCUGAUAUCAGUUUCUGUUUCUUCAAAGACAGUAAGAGUGAAACAUUCAUUCUAGAACCACCAAAUAUGUUACUUAAAUCUGGAGAGAGUCAGAAGCUUACGAUUUGGGCUUACCCAUGUAAAGUAGGCAGGAUUGAUGACUCCAUUGUUUGUUGUAUCAGAGAGAAUCCUGAACCAGUUGUAUUUAAGAUAGCAUGUGAUUCAUUCAAUCCUGAACUUGAUCUGAACACCAAGGACUUCAGAUUUGAAUCUGUUAGAUUGUAUAGAAAAGAGAUAAGAACAAUUCACAUGAGGAACAACACCCAGUUACCAGUUGUAUGGAAGGUGACAGGUAUUGAACAGUUAGGUGAUGACUUUACAUUGUCAGCUGACCAUGGUGUUAUAGAUCCACUACAGGAAUACCCACUCCAUGCUUACUUCAGGGCCAUGAAACCUCUUAAUACAACUCAACAGAAGAAAAUCAGAUUGGAGAUACACGACCAAGAAGGUGUUCAUCCAUUGUCCACAGAGAAUCUGACUGUACAUUAUGAACCUUAUGAUAUCAGUGUUGAUAUGAGUUUCAACAACAAGGGAGACCAUGGUUCAGAUGGUGGUGGCCUUGACCUUGGUAUCAUACAUGUUGGUGAAGAAAAGAAGUGUACUUGUGCUUUGAAAAACAGAGGGAAAUAUGAAGUUGGAUAUAAAUUCAUCAAGACGGACUGUGACCCAGCCAAUCCUAAUGCUGCCUCUUUAUUUACCAUUACACCAGAUCAUGGUAAUCUGUCGUCUGCUGAUAGGCCAACACAACCUACGAUCAUAUUCAAAUCUGACAAGGAACUAGUCAUCAAAGAUCAACCAAUCCUGAGCUGCCAGGUCAUCGACUUGAAAGUUGGUGAUGAGGGAGAAAUCAUUGGUGUUAUACCAAUCAAAGUAUCUGCUAAAGUGCUGUUCCCUAAGUACGAGAUUCAGCCAGCUAAUGAUAUUAACUUUGGUUCAUUACUCAUCAAUAACAAGAAAGAAGGCCAGAGUAGAUUUGAAAUUCACAAUCGUGGAGAGUUUGAUUUCAAGUUCAUAAUAUCUAAGAUGCAAAAGGAAGACAAACAAGGUGGAGGCCGUGGAAAUCGUCCCCAAUUACCAGAGCUUGAGACCAAGCAAAGAAAAGAAGAUAAAAACUAUAGCCCUGUGAAGGACAGCAAACGAAGCAAGUCCCGUGAUGGAUCAAGUUCUGGAAGAUCUGUAGCUAAGCCUAAGAAAACAGAUUCUGUCAGCGACUACAAUGCUAGUCAAGUUAUGCUGACUGCAGGAAUUUCACGAGCUCAAAUGUCCUCUGUUCCACCUAAUGGUAAACGUGGCAGAGCUGAAGGUGGCGCUGCUAGGCAACAGUUUGGAAUGUUUAUUGUCUCCCCUACCAGUGGAACAGUCAUUGUAGGUGGCUCUAUCACUAUCAAUGUAGAUUGUAUCACAGAACAAGAGGGAAAAGGAGAUGAGGAAAUAUGUAUUGAUGUAGUUGACCGUGAUCCAAAUGACCAUCCAGGUGGUAUACCCUACAGACUGUUAGCUGAAGUGUGCAUUCCUUCUAUUAGUACCAUAGAACAGAGGUUUAUUGGUUCCAUCUUUGAGGAACAUAGAAUUGUCAAAAAUCUCAGCAUCUGGCAGCAUAGUAAUCAGGGAGAUCUCUACACUGACGGUGGAGUAUAUGCGGAGGAUGAGAACAAAUUUAUAUUUAACAAUGUAAUCAUUGGACGUAAGGCUAAGGCUAGGUUCAAGAUCUGUAACACUAACAAAGUCAUGUGUGAUGUUGUAUUCUCCGUCAAACCAACCAAUGUUAAAAGAGCUGGACAGAAUCAAGAUAUAUUUGAAGUAGACCCACCAAGGGCUCAGAUUUCACACCACAGCCAUGUUUAUGCCACUGUCACAUUCACACCACCAUCUAUGCAGAAUUUCACUGCUCAAUUUGAGGCUGCUUUAGAAGGUCAGACCAAGGGUAAAUCAUUGAUAUUUGAAGUAGCUGGUGACGGCAACCUCCCAAGGAUUACUGUACAGAAACCUACAAUGAGGAACAAGAUGGGUCAGACAAUAUUAUUGUUCAAGAAGAAUUUAGUAGGAAGAACACAGACACUGCCAUUUACAUUGAUCAACGAUGGAACACUGCCAAGUAAAGUUGAUUUAGACUUGAUGGAUCCUGAUAAUGUGUUCAAAAUAAGACCUGGCACUGAUACCAACGCUGUAAUGGAAAAUGAUUACGAGGAUACAAAGAGACCUCACACAGCCUCUGUAUCUGUAGGUGUUGGUGAGGUGGCUAACUUCAAUGUCAUCUUUAAACCCUCAGCAGUUCAGAGGUCACAAGCCCAUAUCAAACUGACUGUGAUUGAUAACCAAUACGAGGAUUCAAUUAUUCAAAUGGUUGGUGAAGGUUAUGAAGAUGAGAUAACUCUGGACAAUAUUCAUAGUGUUAGCCAGCCGUUUGAGCCAGAAGUUGUUGCUGGCGAGGAUAGUGCAUUGCCAGAUGAUGAUAUUGCAGCUGCCAAACCAAAUCUGAUAAACUUUGGUGAUAUUUAUGUGAAUGAAUCCUGUACUUUGUCAUUCUCAAUGACCAACAACUCCAAGACUGAUGUCUACCGUCUCCAGUGGCCAGAGAAUGCCAAUCUGAAGUUCACACCUACAUUGGGUCAUCUCCAUCCCAAUAGUAGUAAAGAUGUGACCGUCUCAUUCAAGUCAGAUGCUGCUAAAACCCUGACGGAACAAGCUGUCAACUGUAAAGUCACAAAGAUCAAAUAUGAUAAACCAAUUGAUCAGAUUGCAGCCUGGGAUGAUAGAAUUAAGACUGUCAAAUGGGUUGAUCUCCCAUCAUCACCACAACCAUCAGAAAGUGGAUCAAAGGCUCCAUUGAGUUCAAGAGGUGCUAAGAAGAAGGUUGUAGAAACAGAACCAGAGCCCACAUUUACAGAUUUUCCUGAUACAAGUAGAAAUGUAGAACUCCUUGUUUCUGCCAAUGCUGAUUUCAGUAAAUUUGGAUGUAAGACUGAGAAUGUUCACUUUAAGGAUACUCUUAUGUUCCAGACAAGAGUUUUUGAAUUUAAUUUAAGUAACAAAGGUAGUAUAAAGAUGGACUACAAUUGGCAAGUGUUAAUGGAGAACAUGGCCCCAUCAUUAACCAGAGCUGUCACGUUCAUGUCUGAAGGAGAACGACCAGAAUCUCAUAUUGAUGCUGUAGAUGCCAGUUAUAUCCCCUUCAGUGUUGAACCUGAGUUUGGUACCAUAGCUGCUGGAAAGAAACAGAGAUUUACAGUCAAGUUCUCUCCCCUUGAUGUCAAUACAUAUGAAGGAAGACUAAUCUGCACAAUACCGAACUUAGAGAAGGAUAUCCAAGGACCUGUUGUUGGUUUGAAGGGAAAGAGUCUGAUGCCAUAUUGUCACUUUGAACUUCAAGAUUCAGAUUAUAUUACUGGAGCCAGACGGGACCCUGAAUUACCUGGGCCAGGAGAUUCAACAAGGGGAACAACUCUUGAUCCAAACACUCGUGUCAUUGAGUUUAGUUGUGUUGGUGUUGGUGUAAAGAAAACUUUAACAUUUGGCGUAGUUAACCCUACCAACAAGGGGUACAGUUUUGAAUGGAUCUGUGAAGAUAGAAAUGAUGACACAACAAAGGUAUCACCAUUCAAAUGUGUCACUAUGGAAGGUCUCAUCAAAAGUGGAAAGAGAUUCCCCGUAACAUUUGAGUUUACCUCCAUGGAACUGGACACAGUUGAGUCAUUCUGGAGAUUUGUUAUUCCUGACCAGAACAUCUCUGUACCAUUUUUGUUGGUGGGUAAAGCUAGAGAGCCAGAUAUAGCUAUGGACAGAUCUCACAUGAACUUCAAGGCAUUGCUGAUAGGACAUGCAGCAACAAAAAGUGUUUACAUCAUCAACAACGAAGAUGAGGCUUUCUCCUAUGUAAUGGAACAAGAUUCCUGUCACUCAGCCGGUUUCUCCGCCCACAUUCAGGUGGAACCAAUGACUGGAAUUAUUCCACCUAAAUCAAGGGCACCAAUACAGUUGCAUUUUGCCCCAAAUUCAGACAAGGAAGUAAAUUUCAACAUUAUAUGUAAAGUUAAGAGGAAGGUUACACCAGUUACUCUGAAUGUCAAGGCUGAAGGUUAUUCUAUGAAUUCUACUUUACUCUGUGAGGAUUCUCAAGGACGAGUCGAAGAACUUAUAUGCAAUGGCAUGAAUAUAAUCCGCUUUGGAGAGGUUGAGGUAAAUGAACAACAGAUAAGAAACCUAACUAUCAUAAACUCUGGAAAGUUUAACUUUGACUAUGAAUGGGAGAUGAACAUGAGCUCUCAGAAGAAAGAUAUGGUUUCCAUCACACCAGGCCGUGGUGGGGUUCUCCAUGGAGAGAAAGCUGUCUGCAGACUUGUCUUUUGUCCUCCUAGUCGUACAACACUUAAGGACUGUGAACUUGUUCUGAAGAUAAAGAAUGGACCAACAUACAGUAUUGGACUUGAAGGACUGGGCGUAACUCCAGGACUUCAUUUCUCUUUCCAAUCGUACAACUUUGGAAAUUGUUUCAUCUACAAGGCAGGAAUGCCAGAUCGUAAUAAGGUGCUGAAACUGACCAAUAAGGAUAGAAAAGACAUUAGUGUAAAUUGUUUAUAUGUGCCAACCGAUCAUCUGCAUCAUAACUUCAAGCCUUGUGUGAUUCCAUCAGGCCAGUCAAUAGAUGUAUUGUUUACAUUCUAUCCAAGGGAGGCAAGAGUGUAUAAAGAACAGAUUAUAUUUGAAAUUAAUGGACUUUCUAGAAACAGUGUUACGAUUAUUGGGACUGGAACUGAAAUGAAGAUUGAGGUUCCUGAGUCAAUUAUAAACUUAGGAUCACUGGUUGUUGGAGGCAAGCUUAAGAAACCUCCACUAGUACCAGUUGUCAAUAACAGUCCAGCACCAAUCACAUUUAAACUGGCUCUGACACCCACCACACUGGCAUUACAACAGACCAAUGCGUUGUCUAUCACACCUACAGAGAAUAUAACACUGGAGGGCAAAGGUGGAACAUGUAAUGUCAUAGUUAAACUCAACAAUAAACACAGAAUCCCACAGUUUACAGAAGAGGUUUACAUGGAAUGUGCUGGACAUUCUCAGCCAUUAUUUGCCAUUAAAGGAUGUGUAUUGGGUAUGGAGAUUAACUUGGAUACCACUGCUAUACCAUUUGGUAGUGUGUUUAAAAAUAGCUCCACUUCAAAGAAGAUUGUGAUGACAAACACUGGGGACAUGAAUGCUAAAUUUACCUGGGAUAUAAAGAGAUUUAGACCAGACUUCAAUAUCUACCCUGUAGAAGGUUACAUCACACCUGGUAUGGAAGUUACUUUUGAGGUGACCUUUGAACCAAAGCAAGAGAAAAAGGACAUCAGAUAUGAUAAUUUGCAGUGCUUCAUUGACGGUGGCAUUCACAAACCAGUAACCUUGACCUUGACAGGUAGCUGUACAGCCAUCAACCCCAGAGAAAGUCAAUCAUUACAUCCUUUCAUGGUUCCAGUCAGAGAGGAAGAUACCAAAACAAUAACUGUGAGAAAUGGCACAAACCAGUCCUGGCUUUUACGUCCUAUAAUAACAGGGGACCAGUGGAGUGGAUCUACAACUUUCAAGGUGGAUGCUCUGAAGGCAGAAAAUUAUGCAAUCUCAUAUAAACCAGUAAAAAUGACACAUGAUGGCAUCAAAGACACUGGAUCCAUAUUCUUCCCAACACCUGAUGGAAGUGGUUUAUUCUGGACCUUAACUGGUACCGCUGAAGCACCAAAACCAAUCAUACAUAAACCAGUAGAGGUUCCUUGUAAAGUCUGGUACACAGAACUACUGCCAGUCAACAACUGGCUCAAACAACCACAGAGAUUUAAAGUGACACGAGAGGAUAUGAAGAAAGAUGCCUCCACAUCUAUUGAACACAUGCAUUAUUUGGAUGUACCAGCUAGUGGAUCCAAAGAUUUUAAAUUGGCAAUGUACUUCUAUAAGGAAGGGGCAACACAAAUGAAGAUCACCUUUACCAACGAGAAGUCUGGAGAGUAUGUUGUCUAUGAUGUGUCCUUCAAAGCAAUCAAACCUAACAUCAUGGGUACUAUAGAUCUCAGUACACCCGUCAGGAAGACAUUGGAACAUAAAAUUACCCUGGAAAACCCUCUGGAUACCCCAGUUACCUUCAGUGUCACCUGUCCAUCAGAAAUACAGAUACCAAGCCAGUUUGUAGUACAGAAAGGAUCUAAGCAUGUCUGCACAUUCAGUUAUCUCCCCUUAAAGGUUGGAGAAACUUCUGGUAAAAUAGAGUUUACCAGCAAUGACCUUGGAACUUACACCUAUGAGGUUAAUCUUAAGGCCACGCCAGCUGGUCCAGAGAAAGCCUUGUAUUUCCACUGCUGUCUGGGAAAUAACCAGGUUUCCAUGGCAAAGUUCCUUAACUUCUCAAAACAAACAAAACCAGAUUACACCUGCAAGGUUGAUAAUCAUCACAACUUCCAUGUGGAUAAAACUGUUGCUGCUGUUCCUGGAUCAGUGGGUGGAACUGACGUUUCCGUGGAUGUAACCUUUGAACCUUCACAGUUAGGAGAACAUAAAGGAAUACUAACAAUCAGUUCCCCAACAAGUGGAGAAUAUAUCUUCCCACUGUAUGGAACAUGUGUAGCUGCUAAACCACAAGGACCAUUUAUUAUCAAAUCUGGGCAGACAACCAAUAUUCCAUUUAGAAAUGUUUUCCAUGGACAAACCUCUUUCACUUAUCAAGUUGAUAAUGAGUUGUUUUACGUAACAAAACAAAGUGACACUGUUCGUGGACCAAGAGAUCAGAGAAUUGGAGUAGGUUUCCAUGGCAAUGAUAGUGGAUCAAAGGCUCAGGUCAUGGGAAAACUAAUUGUAACCUGUCUUAAGUCAGCCGGAGGCACAUCUAAUGCCCAAUGGGUGUUUUACCUAAAAGGUGUCACACCAUAAAGUGCUAACAAUGAUUUCAGCUAAACAAUUUUCCAAA